AGGACUGAUUUUUAUUAGAAGUACAGGCUGGAUGUUAUGCCCCGUGCAAACUGGCGAAUUUUCGCUUGACUGACUAUAGGACAAAGAAAAAAUGGGAAAUGAACUUUCUGACAUUUCUUUGUCUUGUAGUCAGCCGAGCAAGAAUUUGCCAGCAAUGCUGGCCGGUGCUGGCGCAGUUUGCACAGGGCUUAAUGAAAAAACAAGAAAUGGUAAAUAUCCAGUAGCGCAUAUAUUAUCCCGACUAAAGCAAUAACUGAUAAGCACUUAGUCAAAUUGUCAAGCCCCAGAAACAUUGAAUGAAUGGUCUACAAUGUGAGCAGCUGUACUUUUCGAGAGCUAAUUGCUUGGCAUACUGUAUACAAAUUAUGACUGCGUAAGUGCGUUUAAGGCAACGUAUUCAGAUGUUAGCGAAAUAACGGAGUCGAUAGCUCGGUAAACGAAAGUUCAGGGUACAAACAUCGAUACUCACAGAACUCGAUUAGUUUACGUCUGCGUGCAAAAGCUUUAUGGGUUAUUGAGAAGGAUUGUUUUAUCUGUCAAAAAUUAGUGUGAUAGCAUUUAAGAAUAUUUUGGACAUUUGAAUUUUUGAAAUGCAAGACUUUAAUGGCAGGCUACUCUGAAGCCAACUUCUUGACGUUGAAAAGUGACAACUUGUGGGACAUUAACAGAGGUUUUCCAAGGUUUAAAACAUGGACAAAAAGUUUGGUCCAAGAGCCUGAGAUGUAAACGUGCUGGUUGAUGUGAUGAUAAUUUGAAAAUCCCAAAACGCACAAUUGCAAUAGUAGCUUUCAAUCACUCACAACUCGGUGAUUUUCCAAAAAGAAAAGUUAUUUGUCAAGUUCUGGUACUAUACAACAGAAAUCCUUCAUUGGGUUGCAAACGAUAACUCACCUUUAACUAUCUGUUUUUAUUGCUGACAAUCUUUAAUUUGAGACACACUACAUUACUACAGACAGAUAGAAGCAGAUCAUUGAAGGAAUCAAACUCAUGGCUUAACUUGGAUUUUGGCUAGCUUAGAAGCUAUCGCAUCGUGCCGUGCUUGGAUCACUAUCAAGAAGGAAGGAAGAAAAACUCAGGACAGCCUCUCUAAUGGCAAACGAGACGUUCAACCCGUACGCUACAUUUUUUCUUAGUGUAGAUGUCUGGUUUUGGGUGGUUCACGGUAUUAUAACAAUAAUCACGGUUCUUGGAAACGCACUUGUUGUCUAUAUCCUAUGUAGCAGAAAAAACCUGCUGAACCAAGAAUCUCCGAACGGGCGGAUCAUUCUCUCUCUGGGAAUCGCUGAUCUCUUAGUGGGCGUGUUUAAUUGGCCAGCUUUUCUGACGUGUAUUUAUGGAACUUCGUGUGGGAAAACCGUUUGGGCUUUCAUCACGUUUUUCGUCAAUGUCACCACGAAUUUAUCGGUGACAAACCUCUGCUUAUUGACGCUUGAUCGAUACAUCGCGGUUGUUCACCCGUUUUCUCAUAUCCCGUUUACGCGCCAAACUAACAUAGUAAUCGCGCUGUUUUGGUUUAUUCCAUUUCUGACAGAAAUACCCCAUCUUUUUGAACUUUUAAACGUAAUAGUGAUAUCAACAUUAGCAUAUCGCUUAAGCUACAUUAUAAUCUUUACCAUCCUUCCAAAUAUUUUCAUGUGUUAUGCGUACACAAAAAUAGGUCUUGUUUUGUUCAAACACCAUAAGCAAAUCAAUGCACAACAUUCUGUCAACGCUAGAGACGGUGGGGAGAACUCCAUGAGCAAUACGUUAAAAACAGGCGAGUCUGCGGCGGGCAAGGAAAAACGUCAAGAAAGACGUCGACAUAAAGACAUAGCGGCAGUCGGAAUGGUAGUGGCGAUAUUUCUAGUUUGUAACUCUAUCUAUCUGUACUGGCUAGGUUGUAAUUAUAUCGUGAGCUCGUGCGUUGGGUCGAACGGAGUGACAAUCGCUGCUGCAUUGACAAGUUUUCUGAACUCGGCGCCGAAUUUCUUUGUCUAUGCCAUCAUGAAAUCCGACUUCCGAAAAGAGCUCAAGAAAAUGUUCAAGUUUUUUAAAUGAUUACACUCUCAAUAACACUAUAGAUGGCAUAUUUGUAGUAUUUCAGAUCAGUUUUCUAAACUCUGCGCCGAACUUGUUUGUCUAUGCCAUUGUGAAAUCUUACUUCCUAAUAGACCUCAAGAAAAUGUAAAUAAAGUUUUUGAAAUAGUUAGAUCGGUAUGUUUGUAUUGUUUCAGAUCAGUUUUCUAAACUCUGCACCGAACUUGUUUGUCUAUGCCAUUAUGAAAUCGGACCCCGAAAAGAGCUCAAGAAAAUGUUUUGGUAUAGCUUUUUAACACUAUAGUCGUGGUGUUUGCAGUGUUAUUUGGACCAAACAUCAUUGAUGCAAGAAUAACAAAGGGAGUAGCAAGUACAGAAGAAAAAACAAAUUUAAUAACGCUGUAACAAGUAACUUGGUAUAAUAUAAAGACGAGUCAUA